AAGCUGAUGUUGAUCUGCUCGCCGUGCGGUUCUGCUAAGUGUGCGUCACGUGAACUCGUGUGCAGCUCAGCCUGCGAUGGUGUCGAAACCACCACGACGCAACCGCGACGCGUUUCGUUUUCCUCACACCUGGCCACGAUGCAGGAUUUGGCGAAGGACUUUCAGCAGCGCACUGGCUGGGUCAUCCACCAUUUGGAGAGAUCUCCAGGCGAUGAAGCGAUCGGGUCGCACGAGCAGACACCCAUCUUCCUCGAUCUCCCUCACGGACUCCCAGUGAAAGUACACAUCCUCCCAAUCUUGACGGAAUCCGAUCGAAUAUGCCGCCAGCGGAAUGUCCAGAGCCUUUGAUACCUGAGCCGCUGCCUCUUUCCACCGCUCGCCACCGAUGCCAGUCAGGACUGUGAAUCCACCAUUGCCAGCUAAAUCGAUCGUCGAGAUUCGCUGCCCCGGAACAGCUCGAUUGAGCCAAGCAUGUGGAAGCCGUGCACCGGGAUAUGUUGAGCGUGUAUGGUCAAGGAUGGGAUCUCCCAUAAGAGGUGGCUCGUCGCCCUGAUCAGCUUGAUAGACAGCUCCGGACCGAUACCGCUGGUUCAUCUCGAUCCCCAGCCCCUGGAAUUCAUAUCUGGUCCCCUUGAUGGCCUUUAUGAAGUCUUGCCGACGUUGUUUUCCGACUGCACUGUUGACAGACAGUUCUGCAAACGCCGAGACUCGCUCUUCGGCGCUUGGCUCUAAAAUGCCCGCGCUCUUCCACAGAGGCAGAUGGUCUAGGAAGCCUUGAAAUGCUCUGUCGGAAUAUCAGCUCCCUGACUCGGGGUUACAGGUCGAGAAUAGGCUCUUACCUGGACACAAUGUUGGCGCCAACAGGCUGCCGUUCCUGCUCAUAGGAAUCGAGAAGUUCUGGCCCAGCCAGACCUGCGAUGUACGAGGUAAAGUCAGCGUCAAGUCGUCCACCAGCGACAAGAGAUAGAACAACGGGUCAAUGGCGCACCUUUGAGAACGUACGCAACCUUCCAUGCCAGAUUAAACGCGUCUUGAACACAGGUGUUGGAACCGAGUCCAUUGGCGGGAGGGUGACGAUGGACCGCAUCCCCGAGGCAGAACACGUUACCCUUAGCAUACUUCUCCGCCCAGAUGUUGUUGACGAGCCAUUUGCUGACGUUGAGGAUUUCGACAUCGACGGAGUCAUCACCGAUGAUCUGUUUGAUGCGCUUCAUCCAAUGCUCCUGAGUCGGCGGGAUGUCUGCUUUGUACCCCGGCACUGGGAACAUAAUGAACACCCACUCAUGCCACGGCUUCACCAUUCGGGGAAAACCGAUCCAGGCAAAGUCGGGAUGGCUCACGUCAUGCUGGUAGCACCAGUGCAAAUUACCCUGCCUGUGUGCGAUGUACUUGCUCAAGUCUGCCUUGACCAGCACAUUCCACGCCAACCCUCCGCCCGGAUUCUGCCUCAGCGGUAGAUCAAGUUGUUGGAUGAUUCGACUUCGGGCACCGUCUGCACCGAACAAGUACCGGCACCGAAUCCGAUGUAUUGUCCCGAAGACGGUGUCUCUGACGAUCACGUCCACCUGGCAUUUGGCGACAUCAUCCUGGAAGCGCAGGAACUCCGUGUUGAAACGAGUGAUGAAGCCACUGGUCGCCGCUUUGCGGAUGAGGAUUGGUUCAAGACGAGUCUGUGGCAGAUCGAUUGGGUCGCAAGGGCUGACCUCUUUGUACUUGGCUUCCAAGGCAGGACCGUUGCCCCAGGCGUACAAGCGCGCAUAUUCUUCUCCGGCCAUGCUGUAUCCCCACCGGGUAUGCAUCAUGCUUUCUUUCGGACUCGCCAGCUCUCGGCAGUCUUCUUCCAGACCAAUGUCCCGUAAGCACUCUGGACGACAAAUUCAGCACCGAGCUCAAUUACUUGUUGCAGAGAUCAUGAAACUGACCUAGAGCAGCCAUGUUGGUGAUGUGUGCGCGUGGUGUUUCUGCCGUGGUGGAUGUCAUUCCAAUUACAAUCCCUUGAAUUCCUGGCGACUAAUCGUUAGAACUUUGGUCUUCUUGGCUCUUCGGGCCCUCAAAAGGCUGAGUGCCCGAGUCCCUACCGUGUGAACCCAGGAAAGCAGCCAGAGAUCCUCCUGCUGGCCCUGUCCCGACAACAACCACUUGGGUGUUGAAAUCGGGAUCCAGAGGGGCAUCUUCGCCAGCCGUAAUGCUCCCCAUUGCGGUGCAAUGGUACAAUAUCGGUCGUCUUUAUCUCGUUCUCGGCGUGAGGCAAGGUACAAGGCGAGAUUUACUAUCGCUGCGUUUCGCUUUCAGGGUGGGCAAUGAAAGUAUAAUAUAGUAUGCCUCGGUCUUUGCUCCACGCGGAGCGAGCCCAAAUACUGUGCCUACACUGCCAACAGCGAAUAUCCGGACCCUGAUGCAUCCAGGACAGAUUGCAAUCUCGCUCUAGCUCAUGCGUUGUCAUCACGCGUGUCGUGUUGAGCCGCCGGACAUCACGACUCCCGCGUCUCCAUCAUACAUGCCAAGAACCUUCCACUCGCGGUCUGCACCAUGGCCGAGCCCCAGAUUAGGUGAACGAUAUGGGAGCAGCUUAUGCAAUUUCUCCAGGAUGGAGCGGCCAGCUGCCGUCGGCGAUAAGAGAAUAUAAGGUUAAGCUGCGAUGGUUCAGCCUUUUUGGUGCCGGUGUUUUCCUCUUCUUCUUUCCUUUUGGCCUUUCUCCGAUAUUUCACAUCACCAGAAGGCACUUCAAAAGCAACGACAAGCCAUUCAUCAUGUCGAAAUCGCUCGGUCAUGAUCGCUUUAAUCCCUACGUUCCAUUUGACUUCAAGGCGGCCAAUGACAAUUACGUGAAGAAUGUGUUCAAAGACCAGGAUCCGCCAGUGGGUGCGAGUUCUCGAGUUGGGAUCAUCACCUGUUGCGACGCGCGUAGUAGUCCCGACCACUUCUUCCAGUUAAGCCACAAUCAGGCUUUCAUCAUUCGGAAUGGCGGCGGCCGGACGAGUCCUCCAGAUGUGAUUCGCACAUUGGCGAGUAUCGAGAUUCUGAGCGACAUCAAGGAAAUCAUGGUCAUCCACCAUACAGACUGUGGAUCUCUGCACUGCAGCGACGAGUUCUUUCGCAACGCCAUCGCGAAGAACGACCCCGGCAUGAAGGACGGCCCAUUCCUCGAGGGAGCAGACUUGUGGAUCCAGGGCGUCGCAUGGGUCCCAUUUGAUUGGAAGGAGGGCGAGACGGAGCGACAGGCGCUGGACCGCAGUGUUGUGGACGAUGUGCUGUUCCUGCGCCGGCAUCCGCUCAUGAAGCCCUCAAUCCCCAUCACAGGCUGGGUCUACAACGGAAGCACCGGGGCCGUGGAGGAGAUUGACUGCGGGUUGAAAGGUGGGCGUGAUCCCAAACAGCUCGAACUACUAGCAGAACAGCUCGCAGAGCGUGGAGUACCGAAUUGAAGCAGCGAUUGAGACGCGCUCAUCGUUGUGUCAUCAAUAUCUAAAGAGCGCAAUAUGAAUGACCGCCUCGCAAGAUUCUGGUUACCCCCAUACUUCAUUUCAAGAUAGACACCAGUUUAUGAGUCGUUAGAUAGAUACGCUCUCGUACAGACACGACGUUAAAAUUCCCA